AUGGCGUCGUCUUCCUCCAGCUCUCUCUAUCUCCACUCUCUCCCUAAGGCUUCUUCCGGGUUAAACCAAUGGAGAAAUUUCGAGUUUGGACUCGGCUCAGCUUCUACCAACCGUUUGUUUCUUCAGAAAAGUCCGAGACUUUCAAUGAUCAGAGCUUCAACAGAAGGAAGCUCGAGGCGUAGAGCUUACAAGGAGUCACAGGCAUCAGCUAGUGCCUUCCCUAAUGCUAAAUUGCAGCAGAUUGCUUCUAACGUAAUGCCCGUUGGCUCUUUCGUUGUCGUCACAUUCGUUUUGUGGAAAGUGGUGGAGAAGUUUAUGUCUCCAAAGUCGUCUCCAAAGACUUUAUCUGGUGAAAGCAAGUCUUCUACACGAGGAGGGAGUUGGUCUAUUGGUGCUGGUACGAAUCUCUUACAAGGGUUUGCUGCAAAGGUUGAUAGGGAGAACAAGCAGAGGCUUAAUGAGUUUGCUAAAGAGCUCAGGUCCUUCAGAAGUGUUGACAUGUCAGGAUGUAACUUUGGAGAUGAAGGACUAUUCUUUCUUGCUGAAAGCCUUGGGUAUAAUCAGACUGUUGAGGAAGUCAAUUUUUCUGCAAAUGGAAUUACAGCUGCAGGAGUUAAAGCCUUUGAUGGUGUUCUUCAAUCAAAUAUUAUGUUGAAGGUUCUUAACCUCUCUGGGAACCCUAUAGGUGAUGAAGGAGCUAAGACAUUAUGUGCUACAUUGAUGGAAAACUCUAGCAUCGAAAUACUUCAGCUGAACAGUACUGAUUUAGGAGACGAGGGUGCGAAAGAAAUUGCUGAGUUGUUGAAGAGAAAUUCAACCUUGAGGGUUAUUGAGCUAAAUAAUAACAUGAUUGACUAUUCUGGAUUCACAAGUCUUGCUGGAGCUCUUAAUGAGAAUAAUACAAUACGAAAUUUACAUCUCAAUGGAAACUAUGGUGGUGCCUUGGGUGCCAAUGCUUUAGCUAAAGGGCUUGAGGGUAAUAAGUCUUUACGGGAACUUCAUUUGCAUGGAAAUUCCAUUGGAGAUGAAGGGAUUCGUGCUUUGAUGGCUGGUCUUUCUUCCCACAAAGGUUGGAAACUGGCUUUGCUAGACCUCGGUAACAACUCCAUCACCGCAAAGGGUGCCUUCUAUGUAGCAGAAUACAUCAAGAGAAGCAAGAGCCUGGUUUGGUUGAACCUGUACAUGAAUGAUAUUGGCGAUGAGGGAGCUGAAAAGAUAGCAGAUGCUCUGAAGCAGAACCGUUCAAUCGCAACCAUUGACAUUGGUGGAAAUAACAUCCACGCAGCGGGAGUUAAUGCUAUAGCUCAAGCUCUGAAAGACAAUGCAAUUAUUACAACGUUAGAGGUUGGUUACAAUCCAAUAGGACCUGAUGGAGCUAAAGCUAUAUCAGAAAUUCUCAAGUUCCAUGGAAAUGUAAAGACGCUCAAACUUGGUUGGUGCCAGGUAAAGCCGCCCUUCCACAAACUGUUUGCUUUUUUUGUUCUAUCAUUGUUGAUCUUUCAUUCAUAUGUCGUGCAGAUAGCCGCUAAGGGUGCUGAAUACGUUGCAGACAUGUUGAGAUAUAACAACACGAUCUCGGUUCUGGACUUGCGGGCAAAUGGACUUAGAGAUGAGGGAGCUUCUUGCUUAGCUCGGAGCUUAAAAGUAGUUAAUGAAGCUCUGACAUCCGUAGAUCUAGGAUUCAAUGAGAUUCGGGAUGAUGGUGCAUUCGCCAUUGCACAAGCUCUAAAGGCCAACGAAGAUGUCACGGUUACAUCGAUAAAUCUGGGGAACAACUUCAUCACCAAGUUUGGACAGAGUGCUCUUACGGACGCUAGAGACCAUGUUCUUGAGAUGACUGAAAAGGAAGUAGAGAUUUUCUUCUAG